AUGGAUACUCAUCCUUCCACCGGUAUCAUCGUUAAAACUCCUAUUAGCUUUUUACAGGACUUGUGCUCGAAAAAACGCACAAUUGCAACCUAUAAUUUGGUCACCGCCGAAGGACAGAUUCAUGAACCUACAUAUGUAUAUCAUUUGACGGUGGACGAUCUCAGUUCAUACGGAUUCGGAAAAAGCAAGAAGAUAGCGAAGCACAUGGCAGCUCAGAUCCUUCUGGAACGCAUUGUUGAACUGGAAAAAUACACAGAUUGGGGAAUUCCCGGAAAAAGUCAGGAAGAAGCAAGGGAAUAUCUCCGCCAAGCCAUACCUGAAUACUAUGAAAAUUCUCAAUCCGCAGACGUCGAUGUUUCUAAUGGAGAGAUGCUAAGCGUUGUCGGCGCGGUAACCGAACUGCAAGGGAUGUGCUUGCUGAACAGAUGGCCAUCAGCAGAUUACCGUGAAAUUGCCGCAGAUGGGCCUCCUCAUGACCGCAUGUUUCGGUUCGCUGUUGUCCUGGGAGAGUACAGUGCAUGUGGUUAG